CGAGCUUCAGUCUUUACUCUCCGGGAAAGGAGGGCGGAGGCUGCUGCGGGCGAGAGUCCCAACUCGAAUCGUCGAAUAUGUUUGGAAUGAUCAGAAACUCCCUCCUUGGCACAACGGAGGUUUGGCCCAACCGAGUGCUGAGGACAGGGGUGCAGGAUGAUGUGGCGUAUGAAGAAAGGGAGUAUGAUGGUGGCAAAUUUGCUGCUGUUGAGCUCACUGGAAAGCCUUUUGAUAAGGCCUUAAAGGAAGCAGUUCUGAAACUUCUCAAGUACAUUGGCGGAAGCAACGAUCAGGGAGCUGAGAUGGGAAUGAUGGUUCCUGUGUGCACCACUGUGUUUCCUGGGGAUGAUGGGUCAUUGCAACAGAAGGUGAAAGUUUUGCUACGCAUUCCAAGCCAGUUCCAGGCCAAUCCUCCCUUGCCCAGUGAUGACAGCAUCCAGAUUGAAGACAGAGAAGGAAUGACUGUUUAUUCCACGCAAUUUGGAGGCUAUGCCAAGGAAGUGGAUUAUGUGAAUUAUGCAGCCAAGCUGACUUCUGCCUUAGGAAAUGAGGCAACGUUUCACAAAGACUUCUAUUUUUGCAAUGGCUAUGAUCCCCCCAUGAAGCCCUAUGGUCGACGCAAUGAGGUUUGGUUGUUGAAAAAAUGACUGCAGGAAUGGAGUGACUGUGGCUCGCUGUUGGGAGGACAAAGCAUCUAUGCUGAUGAAUCAAGGCUGUCCCCAUUUCACCAGUCUCCCAUAUGCCCAAAUCUAAAUAAAAAUAACUGCCACAUCAGUAA